AGGCAUAUGACCGGGUUCCCAGGGAGAUACUGUGGGAGGUGCUGCGGGAGUAUGGGGUGAGGGGGUCUCUACUCAGGGCCAUCCAAUCUCUGUACUCCCAAAGCGAGAGCUGUGUCCGGGUCCUCGGCAGCACGUCGGACCAAUUUCCGGUGAGGGUUGGCCUCCGCCAGGGUUGCGCUUUGUCACCAAUCCUGUUUGUGAUAUUCAUGGACAGGAUUUCGAGGCGUAGUCGUGGGGGAGGGGGUCUGCAGUUCAGUGGGCUAAGGAUUGCACCACUGCUGUUUGCAGAUGAUGUGGUCCUAAUGGCUUCAUCGGUCUGUGACCUUCAGCACUCACUGGAUCAGAUUCACGGCCGAGUGUGAAGCGGCUGGGAUGAGGAUCAGCACCUCCAAAUCUGAGGCCAUGGUUCUCAGCAGGAAACCGAUGGACUGUCCACUCCAGGUAGGGAAUGAAGCCUUACCCCAAGUGAAGGAGUUCAAGUAUCUCAGGGUCUUGUUCUCGAGUGAGGGAACAAUGGAGCGUGAGAUGGGCCGGAGAAUCGGAGCAGCGGGAGCGGUACUGCAGUCACUUUACCGCACCGUUGUGAGGAAAAGAGAGCUGAGCCAGAAGGCAAAGCUCUCUGUCUACCGGGCCAUCUUCGUUCCUACCCUCACCUAUGGUCAUGAAGGAUGGGUCAGGACCGAGAGAACGAGGUCGCGGAUACAAGCGGCCGAAAUGGGAUUUCUCCGCAGGGUGGCUGGCAUCUCCCUUAGGGAUAAGGUGAGAAGUUCAGUCAUCCGGGAGGGACUCGGAGUAGAACCGCUGCUCCUUCGCGUUGAAAGGAGCCAGUUGAGGUGGUUCAGGCACCUAGUGAGGAUGCCACCUGGGCGCCUCCCUAGGGAGGUGUUCCAGGCACGUCCAGCUGGGAAGAGACAGCGGGGUAGACCUAGGACCAGGUGGAGGGACUAUGUCUCUUCGCUGGCCUGGGAGCGCCUUGGAAUCCCCCAGUCAGAGCUGACUGAUGUGGCCAGGGAGAGAGAUGUUUGGGGCUCUCUGCUGGAGCUGUUACCUCCGAGACCCUGACGGAUAAGUGGGAGAAGAUGGAUGGAUGGAUGGAUGGAUUAAUACUCUAUAUUUAAUACUCUAUAUUAAAUACUCGGUAUAGUGAGGGAUCCUCGACUCAGUGGAAGAAACGUUAUUAUAUUCAAUGUCAGUGAAAAUAAUAAAGGCAGAAUCAGAGCGUAGGUUUGCUUUGGUGUUGUAAUGUUUAACAUUUAUAAAGAAAGGGAUUAUAUAUCAAGCUAAAGCCAGUAUUGCAAAAAUCAAGAAACCUGAGUCUAGCAUUAAAGAAAGUUAUCAUUUAUAAAUAAAAAGUGAAUAUAGAUUAUGAUAAAGCCUUCUCUGGAUCCUCAGUGUGACGCUCAUUCGCUGCCUUUUAUUCUGAAGGCCUGUUGGUAGUACUUCCGGUUUUCCGGCUUGUUUCGCUCAACUUCAUGCAGUGGAAUGACGUCAUCGCUAUCUCCCGGUAUAAACUCGGUGGUUCCUCCUCUCCCAGACCGCAGUGGAGGCAUGACUCUCUGCGGUCUUCUAAACUUUGAUUUGUUGGUCAAUUCAUUAAUUGAUUGGUUGAUUGACCCUCCAGGGCCAAAGCAACAGGCUUCCGGUACAAUAACCCACUCUGAAUGAGGCACGCGCUUGCUCGGGGGUCCGGUGUGUUUCACAGCUCACUCACUACUGCGCUCGCUCACUGUCUCUCGCUCUACACAUGCACCCUCCACACACAUAGCCCCUCCUCCUCCCGCUCUUAAAGCGACAGGCGACCUUCCUAUUAUAAACGGGAGAACCGGAGCGAGAGAACCGGAUGUUUACCGGUCACUCUCAUCGGUGGAUGUAACCAGGACCAGCAUGGAGUUUCCCCGGAGCUCUGCCACGGUGAGCUGACCGGGCACGGAGCGACCUGUUGCCGGUGUCCGGUGAGAUGACCGGAGCCGUUACCGUCGUGCUGCUCGGGGCUGCCUUCACUGCCGCCCGGUCCCUGAACGCACCGCGGGACAUUCUGACCGGUUUGGACAGGCGCCUCCUGCUGGAGAAAACGCGCCCCUUCAUCCUGGUGGACGGAGAGAGGAGGAGCCUUGCUGAAGCUCUGCAGGCUCACCCCGACACGCUGCAGUUUGAGCUGCAGAUGAGAGGACAGAGCUUCCUGUUGGACCUGCAGAAGAACCAUGACCUGCUCCCUAAGCCUCCCAACAUCUUCCUCUACCUGCCGAACGGCACCGGGGUGUCUGUGAGAUCCGACCCUGUGGUUCACUGUUUUUACCAUGGCAGCGUCCGAGGAUAUCCUGAGUCCAGAGUCGCUCUGAGCACCUGCUCCGGACUGCGCGGCGUCAUCGCCUUCAACUCGUCGCUCAGCCUGGAGCUGCAGCCUCAGCAUGGGGCCGGGGACGGUGGGGAGGGGAGCGGAGGGGAGGAAGAGGAGGAGGGCAUCCACCUGCUGUUCUCCUCCCCCCCUCUGGAGGGCGCCGGGGCUGCAGGCUGCGGUGUCUCACACACACACCCUCCCCGCAGCGCCACGCGUACACACAGGAGGAGGCGGGACAUCCUGUCUGAGACCAAGUACAUCGAGCUGGUGCUGGUGGUGGAUCACCAGGAGUUUCUGAACUACCAGAAGAACAACAAGACCAUCAUCUACCGCAUGCUGGACGUGGCCAACCAGGUGGACUGGUUCUACCGGCCUCUGAAGGUGCGCGUGGCGCUGACCGGGCUGGAGAUCUGGAGCGACAGCGAUAAGAUCCCGGUGGAGAAGAAUCCCACGGACACCCUGAACAGCUUCCUGAGGUGGAGGACUCAGAAGCUGCUGCCCAGACUCCGCCACGACAACGCCCAGCUCGUCAUGGGGGGUUCGUUUGACGGCACCACGGUGGGGAUGGCCUCGCAGGCCUCCAUGUGCUCCAGGGACCGGUCGGGGGGGGUCAACGUGGACCACCUGGUCAGUGUCCUGGGUCUGGCCUCCACAGUGGCUCAUGAGCUGGGUCAUAACCUGGGGAUGAGUCACGACACGGCGGAGCGGCGCUGCUCCUGCAGCAACGAGCGGCGACUGGGGGGCUGCAUCAUGGAGCCGUCCACCGGCUUCCUGCCCGGUCAGCAGUUCAGCAGCUGCAGCGCCGCAGACCUGUCUGUCUCUCUGCUGCAUGGGGGGGGCAUGUGUCUGUUCAACGUGCCUCAGCCAGACCACCUGCUGGGGGGGGGGCGCUGCGGAAACCUGUACGUGGAGCCGGGGGAGGAGUGUGACUGCGGCCUGAUGGAGGAGUGUGAGGACCGGUGUUGCAACGCUUCUACCUGCCGGCUCGUACCUGGAGCUCAGUGCUCGUCUGACGGCAUCUGCUGCCAGGAUUGCAAGCUGCGGGGGUCGGGUUCCAUGUGCCGGGGCCCCCUGGGGGAGUGCGACCUGCCUGAGUUCUGCACAGGCUCCUCCCCCUACUGCCCCCCCAACGUGUUCCUGCAGAACGGGGAGCCCUGCGAGGACGAGGCGUCCUACUGCUACGAGGGAGUCUGCGCCAGCAUGAACACCCAGUGCCAGCUACUGUGGGGCCCGAACGCCACCAGCGCUCCGCCCGUCUGCUUUUCCUCCGUCAACAAGCAGGGGAACAAGUAUGGGAACUGUGGACAGCUGAAGAAUGGAUCCUACAUCCCCUGUGGAGCCGCCGACGUGCACUGCGGCAGGAUCCAGUGUCAGGGGGGGAGGGAGCGCCCCCGGCUGGGCUCCAACGCAGAGAUCCUCACCACCAAGGUGCGCUUCAACCACAGCGACCUGGUCUGCAGAGGCACCUUCUUCCACCUGGGGGACGACGUGUCCGACCCGGCAACCGUCAACCAGGGCACCGCCUGCAGCCUGCGCAAGGCGUGUUUGAACCAGCAGUGUCAGGACGUGUCGGUGUUCGGGGUCCAGGAGUGUCGUGAGAAGUGCAACGGCCACGGGGUGUGUAACAGUAAUAAGAACUGUCACUGUGAGGUGGGCUGGGCUCCUCCUGACUGCAGGUACUCCGGGCUCGGAGGCAGCGUGGACAGCGGGCCGGCCAGCGCUGCAGGAAACUCCGACCCGGUGAAGGUGUCUCUGCUCGUCCUCUUCCUCUUCGUCCUCCCAUCGCUGCUCCUCUUCAUCGCCCUGAGGUUUCCUCGUCUUCGUCACAGCUUCUUGUCGCCGCUGCACAAAGGCCGCCAGCACAACCGUGUGUCUCACUGUGAGAUGCUGGACCUGGUCCCUGAACACGUCUGCAGGACGCCGGUGAUGGAGCGAGCUGACCGCAGGAACGGAGAGCAGGUCCGACCUCUCCGAUAUCACCUGAACGCACCGCCGGACAUCCCUCUGACCCCUCCUCACAAAGAGGUUCAUGACCGACCUGCUGCUCCCACUAAGCCCCUCCCCCCAGACCCCGCCCUAAACCCUCCCCCACAGCGACCUGCCCCCCCCAGCAAGCCUCUGCCCCCCGACCCCCCUGCUCAGCUGCUCAGCAGAACCGCUCCACCCAACAAGCCCCUCCCCCCUGAACCUGGCACACCUGCACAGAUCCCUCUUAAACCUGUGGUCCCUGUGAAGCCUCGUCUGGCCCCCCUGCCGUCCAACAUCCCCCCCCACCCCAGCUACGCCGCCAGCAAACCCCCCCAACAUGGAGCAACUGCAAACCCAGCCGGACCCAAAAGACGCCCUCCUCUCCGGCCCUCCGGCUCGCAGAGAGUCGACUCCUCGGCGCUCUGACCUCCAGAACUCACUGUACCUGAAGGUGGUCUGUUCUCCUGAUGAAGAUGAAGAUGAAGGUCUUUUCGGCGGAUUUCUCUCAGAGACUGUAAAUACAUAUUAACGUGCCUUGCUCAGCGGCACUUUUGCAGUGAUGCCACCCCCCCACCCCGCUCAGUGCCUUAUGGACCCUGAGACGGAAAUGAAAGGCCGAGGAGGAUCAUGGGAAAUAUGUUUGAACCUAUAAUCAGGACUUUUUUAGCAGAAGGUGAAAUGUAGAAAGUUUGAGACGCUUUAGGAACAGGAUGGCAUCAUCAUGAAGAGACACAUCGGACUGAACCUCUGCCACAAGCUUCAAACAUUUAGAGAAAACUCUGAUAUUUCACACAGUAAUAUUUACAGAACCAUGUCCUAAUGCUUCGGGGAUAAAGUCAUUUUAUUGUUGUACAUUUUUAAGUACAAGUUUGUAUUGAAAGAGAAAGCUAGCGUUGACUUUCCUUUAAGUAAUACGAAUGAUUGAAUGUAUUCCUCUAAGUGUUACGCCUUUAUGCUUUUACAUUAUUAUAACUAGGACCAUUCCUUUGAUGUAGUCUGACCUUUUACUUUCCUCACUUUAUUAGAAAAUGUUAAAACUUUUGUCUUCAAAUAUUUGGACUUUUGUGAUCAGAUGUAACUUGUUUUUUCGGAAUAAUUAUCAGUUAUUCCUGAACUCGGAGAAGUGUUCGCUGAACUCUCCGCCACAGGGGUUCUGCUUUAGAAGUCAAAGCCGGACUCAAAGCCGGACUCAAAGCCGGACUCAAAGUCGGACUCAAAGCCGGACUCAAAGCCGGACUCAAAGCCGGACUCAAAGCCGGACUCAAAGCCGGACUCAAAGCCGGACUCAAAGCCGGACUCAAAGCCGGACUCAAAGCCGGACUCAAAGCCGGCACCUGAAGGCCAAAGUGAGAAUAUUAGUUUUUUUUAAAUGAGUGAAAGUGAUGUCAGUUCUUCUGAUGCAGGAAGCUGAACGUGUUUUUACCCGGCAAACCUUAAAGAGCUUCAGGACAAACGUGUCCCAUUGUUCAAGUUGGCUGAUUUAUUGGUUGGUUGAUUGGUGAAGGAUGUGUUGGUUGGUUGAUUGAUUGAUUGAUUGAUUGAUUGAUUGAUUGAUUGAUUGGGUAAAUUGUUGAUAUUCGUGCUGUUCGUGUCCUGCCAUGUUCACGUUUGCUGCUAGAGGAAAUGUCCUCAAUAAAACCAACUUUCUACAUUU